UGUCAAGUGUUUGACAGGGAGCGGCGGCAGCAGCUCAGAGCGGGAAGAUGGCGCGGCGCUGCAGCCGUGCCACGUCUCAGCAAAGUCCUGUAAGGAGACCAACCGCUGCAGCGAUCCUGAUGUGUUUCUGUCUGCUUCCUUCCGCGGCGCAGGCCGGACUCUACACCGCCUCUGACCAGAUCACGCUGCUGACGCGGGACAACGUGGAGUCGGUGUUGGUGAACUCCACAGCUGCGGCGGUGGUGGAGUUUUACGCGUCGUGGUGUGGCCACUGCAUCUCCUUUUCUCCGGUCUACAAAAGCCUGGCCAGGGACAUCUCAGAGUGGAGGCCUGCAGUGUCACUGGCAGCUGUAGACUGUGCUGCAGAGGAGAACAGGAAGAUCUGCGUUGACUACAAAAUCCGAGGAUUUCCCAGCAUCAAGUUCUUCCGUGCAUUUUCCAAAGAGGAUUCCUAUGGAACCAACUAUUUAGGCUUUCCCCGUGACAUCUCUGGCCUUCGCCACGCCAUCAUAGACAGUUUGGAGACCCACGGGGAGCCUUGGCCCCCCUCCUGCCCCCCGCUGGAGCCUAUUAGCCCAGCAGAAGUUGACGUCUUUUUUGGGACCAACCCUGUUCAAUAUCUGGCUUUGAUUUUCGAGGAGUCCAGGUCUUACGUCGGGCGGGAGGUGAUCCUGGACCUGCUGCAGUUUGAGAACAUCACAGUGAGGAGAGUUCUGAGCUCAGAGGUCAGCCUGGUCACCAAACUGGGCGUGACCGAGUUCCCGUCCUGUUACCUCUACUAUCCUGAUGGACAGUUCUCCAGACUCCAAGUCAGCAGAGAGGCUCGCUCUUUCUACACGUACGCCCUCAUGAGGCUGCCCGGGGUACUGCGGUCAGGAAAGGCUGGACUCAUCAGCUCCGUGGUCAUCACCAACAGCUCAGCAGAACCCUGGAGGUCCUUCAACAGAACUCGAGUGUACAUGGCAGAUCUGGAGUCGACGCUGCACUACGCCCUGCGUGUGGAGCUGGCUGCUCAUUCGCUCAUCAAAGGAGAGGCGCUGACGUCCCUGAAGAACUACAUCGCUGUCCUGGCAAAGUAUUUUCCAGGUCGUUCUGUGGUCAUGAACCUGUUAAAGUCUCUGAACUCCUGGCUUCAGAAUCAGACUGCAGAUCACAUUUCCUACGAGGCGUUCAGGGAAAUGCUGGACAACACAGCUCAGGUUCCAGACGCAGCACUGCCUGAAGGAGAGAGGUGGGUGGGCUGUCAGGGUUCCCAACCCCACUUCAGACGUUACCCCUGUGGGGUGUGGACCCUCUUCCACGUUCUCACUGUCCAGGCCGACAGCGCAGGAGCCUCAAAUCCUCACGAGGUUCUGAGUGUGAUGAGGAGCUACGUGAAGAACUUCUUCGGCUGCAGAGAUUGUGCCGAUCACUUCGAGACAAUGGCGAGGGAAGGCCUGAGGACGGUGUCCUCGCCGCCAUCGGCGAUGCUGUGGCUGUGGUCCGCCCACAACCGGGUUAACAGCAGAAUAGCAGGUGCGCUGAGUGAAGACCCCCACUUCCCAAAGAUCCAGUGGCCCCCCCCAGAGAUGUGCUCCUCCUGUCAUGCUGCGUCUUCAGACGGGGAGCACAGGUGGAACACCAAUCGGGUUCUGUCCUUCCUCUCCUCACACUUCUCUUCCAGCCGCAUCCUAAAUGACUACCUGGAGGAUGAAAGUCAGGUUCUGGAGAAACAGAGGCAAAAACAUGAGCAGCAGCUCAAGUUAGUGCUUCAAAGGAAAGCCAGGGAGGCCUCAAACUCCGUAACGCUUCCUCCAUCAUCAUCAUCAUCACCAUCAUCCCCUCUGGAAGAAGACGAGGAGGAGAAAGAGGAGGAAGAGCCUGAUGACGGAGUGGCAUACGAAGAAGACGAGGUUGGAGAAGAAGCAGCAGCAGUGAGAGAGAUGGAGGAGAAAUCCGCCAAACCAAAGCCCAAAGUGGAAGGAGGUGCUGACCAUCAGCAGAGACACAAGAAACCCAGCUUUGUGGGUCUAAGGAUGCGAGAGCCGCAGGAGGACAUCGUGGAUCUGGACUCGUUUGUGAACAAACACUUCGGGGCGAAGGUGCUUCAGUUUGCGUCCUCCAGCCUGGUGAAGCAGCGCACCCUGCAGAGGAAGGUGGAGCAGGAGCCCAGGCCCGUGUUUGGGCUCAGCUUGGAGCUGGACGCUGGUGUUGGAAUGGUGGGCCUGCAGCCCAUCGACCAAGACCUUCACGCCGGCUUUGGGGGCCAAACAAAGCGGCUUCAGAAACGAGAACUGGCAGGCCGAUACUUUGAAGAGGGGCCGGGCCCGGGCCCAGGAGGCCGCUGGAUUUCUGUGUUGAGUGUCGGCUUCUCAAAGCUGGACGUCAGCCUGUGUGUGGUUCUGUACUUCCUGUCCACCGCCUGUCUUCUGGGCAUGUAUCUCUUCUUCAGAAACCGCCUCAAGCGACGGCGGAUUAAACUCGCUUUGCCCUAAACGCCCACGUUAUGGUAGAAGUUCAGAUGAGCCACGGAACACAUUGUAAUGCUUCUAUUUCUGUUUGCUAAAAGGAGCAGGAAUCCUGUUUUGGGACAGACGGCAGGAGUCAAACGACAGAAAAUGAGGAGAGAAAAAUGAGAGCUGCAACUUCCUGAAAAAAGUUUCCACUGUCAGAAAGUUUCCACUUCAGGGAAACUUUUCAGAAACUGCAAAAACAGGCACAUAAAUCUGUAUUUUUGGGUUCCUGAAUUUGUAUUACCACUGCUAAAAGGUGCAAUUAAACCCACUAUGAGCUGGAAUUCUUCCUUUCAUUUGUACAAGUUCACUAUUGUUUUCUUUCUUUUGUUGUGCCCUCAGUGGAACUGAACUUUUCCAAGGACAAGGAAUGACAUUGGUUUUGUUUUUGUAAUUCAGAAGCUGCUUUGUGUUUAAAGAUGUGAUAAAAAUACGUUUAAAGCUGGA